AUGUGUUCGAACAACGACUACCCCAAGUUCGAUCUCAUCCUUCUCGAAAUGGGAUCUGACGGACGUGUAGCUUCUCUGUUCCCUAAUCACUCCGCGUUGGGUGUGAAAGAUUGGAUUGCCUACUUCAAUGACUAUCCCGAGCCUCCACCAAAGAGGAUAAUCUUUACGUUGCCUGUUAUCAACUCGGCAUCUAAUGUGGUCGUGGUCGCAACAGGGAGUGAUAGAGCCGAGGCUGUACGCCACGCCAUCAAGGAACCUAAUGUGGGACCCAGCGCCUCGCCUGCAAGGAUGGUACAACCCACACAAGGAAAAUUGGUGUGGUUUUUUGAUAAACAAGCUGCGUCUAACCUUGAGGAGGGUGUUCUAGAUUCCAGAUUAAUAAUCGAAGGCUAUGAAAUUGUUUUCUGAUUGUGAAUACUCAUUACUCAUAGUCUUAGUAUAGGGUCGUUGUGUUCUUUUGUCAAUAUUGGUAGUACAUUUUGCAAUUGACAAAUGAGUAGUUUUUACUUUUUUGCAUGAAUUUGUUGAUUGUUUUUCUUGUGAAAAUUGUCCGAGAAAUUUCACGCGAUAA